CUGAGCAGACAUCCAUUUUGAAGUGUUGAUUGAAGUGAUUAGUGAUCCCCUAUACAUCUAGUUAUUAAUUUCACUGCGCGGAUUGCGUGCUUCAGCGCUUUCAUUUCACAGUUUGCAAACGUAUUACGCCUCUCAGUAGUAGUAGUAGUAGUGGUAGUAGUAUCGGAUUGUGUGCGUGAGAAUCGUGUGGCUGCUGUCUCGGCGGAGCUGAUGUGAUGUGAUUGCAUUAGAGACGGCACAUGCUCAGUGAGCGCUGCUGAGCGGCAGCGCGGUGUAGGCUGGCGCGUGAACGCUGAGGUCAUCGCCUGAGCUGAGCUCGGGGAGAAAAUCCUCUCAGCCUGAGCCUCCAUUUUGAGUAGCGACUAUGAAAUAGGAAUAGCAUAGUUUUGGGCCGCCGACGCAGAACGAAAACAAACUGUAAACACAAGGGAAAGAGCUUCCGCCAUGGACGACCUGUUCAGCCCGCGAAGAGGGAACGAUGCCGCCGGACCCUGAUUGGCUGCGACAGAUGAAUGGGUGGGACUUGGACUGAUCGUCCAGACUGCUGAUUGGCAAAUGAGUGGCUGUGAUUAACACUGAGCACGAGCUGGUUUAAAGGGUGGAACGCUGAGGAAGCGCCCGUCAUGGCGCUGCUCGAACUUUUACAGCAGCUGAACAGCACCCAAGGGGAGAUUAGAGUGGGUCCAAGCCAUCAGGCCAAACUCCCUGAGCUGCAGCCGCUUCCUACUCCUGGCAUAGACUCAGUGACCGAGAAAGAGGAGCUAGUCUGGACACCUGGAGUCAAUGACUGUGACCUUCUCAUGUACUUGCGUGCUGCCAGGAGCAUGGCAGCGUUUGCAGGGAUGUGUGAUGGAGGGUCAACAGAGGAUGGCUGUCUUGCAGCCUCCCGAGAUGACACCACAUUGAAUGCAUUAAACACGCUCCAUGAAAGCCAGUAUGAUGCAGCCAAAGCUCUUCAGUGCCUGGUGAAGAAACCUGUCCCUAAACUCAUAGAGAAAUGCUGGUCAGAGGAUGAAGUGAAGAGAUUCAUCAAAGGUCUCAGGCAGUACGGCAAAAAUUUCUUCAGGAUCCGUAAAGAGCUGCUCCCCAGUAAGAAAACGGGUGAGUUAAUUACCUUCUACUACUACUGGAAGAAAACUCCUGAAGCUGUGGGGGCACGACCUCAGCGUCAGCACCGCAAGCAGCCUGCAUCUCGAAAGGUCAAAACCCGCAACGCCGUAGCAGCCGCCAACACCAACUCCCGCACCUCAUCUAUGGAGCUCAGCUCAGCCAGUGAGGACGAUAUGGACAGUGAGGAUAGUGAGCCGGGGGAAAAAGGACAAGCUUGCAGUCACUGUCUAACCACCAGCUCUAAAGACUGGCAUCAUGGAGGUCGUGACAAUGUCCUGUUAUGUGCCACUUGCCACGCCCACUUUAGCAAACAUAGACGGUUGCCACCUUUGCCCAAGCCAGCCGACCCACCCUACCUGUUCAAACCUGUACGAGACGAAGAUGAAGGGCUUGGUGCACGUCAGGGGAUGAAGACACGGCGCAGCAGAGCAUCAAUGUCAUCCCUGAGAAGUGGGCGAAACCGGCUAACAGGAAGCCCUGAUAAAGGUCUGUCUCCCUCCAAUGACGAAGUCCGAGUUAGUGGCCAUACCUCCAGAACUGGUUCCUCUGCUAUGGCAACCAGGGCAUCCAGUGCUGAUGCCAAAGCUAUGGCUGGGAAGGCUGGCAAGAAGAUGAAGGUGGAGGCAUCCUUAGUAAAAGGAAUUAAGAGACCAAGAGACACCAGUGCACCAGAUACAGAUGAACCAGAAAGAAAAACCAUGAAAAGGCCCAAGAAUCAAGAGGUUCCAGACUCCCAGUCAGAAGGAGAGGGUGAAGGUGAAAGCUCAGACAGCCGCAGUGCUAAUGAGGAUGGCAGCAGCGAUACUAAAGAUAUAGACCAGGACAACCGCAGCUCUUCCCCAAGUCUCGCCAGCCCCUUGCAGGCUAAUGAGAGUGAUUUAGACUCGCCUGUCCCUCCACCUCCACCUAUAGCUGGGCCACAGAUCCAAUCACAACAACCUGUUACCACUACAGCAGCUGUUACUCUGGCUCCCUCUCAGGCGCCACCUGCUCUGCCACCUCAGCCCUUACAAUUAAGUGUGUCUUCACCUGGAGUUUCUACCAUCACUGCCACUACCAGCACCACCACUACUUCACGGGUCGUUGUUCCUGUGGACAUUCCCCAGGAUGAUCCAUCCGUUAUUGCUCAGAGGAGGAGUCAAAGGGGUCCAGAGGCUCCUCCCACAACCCAGCCUCCCUCUGGACUCUCCUCUUUCCAGGGACCAGGUCCAGGGCAGGGCCAGUCUUUCCCUCCAUCUGCCCCUCAUUAUCACCACCAUCCUAGUCAGGUUCAGAAUCAUCCAUCCAGCGCUCCUCAUCCUCAUGGAUUUGGUUCUAAGCCUCUUCAACUUCAGCGGGAUAGCCUCCAUUCUCCUUUGCCACCGACAUCUGCAUCUCAAAUCAAGCCCCCACCAACUACCCCCAUCCCCUCCUCUCACAAGCCAAUUCCUCCAGUUUCUGCUCCUCCACCAUUCUUGCAGAUCCACCCCAAUCUGCCUCCGCCUCCAGCAUUAAAGCCUCUGGCUGCUUUACCUGCACAGCACCCUCCCUGCUCUCAACCUCCCCCAUUGCACAUUAUGCCUCAGCCACAUCCUCAGCCUCAACCGCCCAUGCUGACUCAGUCCCAGAGCCAUCAAGGCAAAAGUCAUAUUACCAGCCUCCCUCCAACCUCAGCCUGUCCUCACCCUUUGGUUUCCCAGAACCGUCCUAUGCCUGAAAGCACCGCUCCAUUCACUCUGUCCUCAUCUUCUGCUGCAGUCCCGGGCCCACAGCCAUCUACUUCCUCUGCACCAAGUAUGCCUGCUGGGCCAGCACACGUGAGCAUCAAACAGGAGCCUGUAGAUGAAGACGAGAACUGUGAAAGCCCACCUCCUCCUCCACGCAGGACUCCCUCACCUGAACCCACUGUGGUUAACAUCCCCAGCCAUGCAAGCCAGUCAGCCAGGUUUAUCAAACGUCUGAACAGAGGCUACAAUUCCUGUGCUCGCACAGACCUGUACUUUACUCCUCUUGCUAACUCUAAACUCGCUAAGAAAAGGGAGGAGGCUGCUGAAAGACUCAGAAGAGAGGCAGAACAGAGUGCUCGUCAGAGUCGAGAAAGAGAGAGGGAGCGUGAGAGGGAAAGAGAAAGGGAGCGGGAGAGAGAAAGAGAUUCAGACAAAGCUUCUCGAGCCUCCAGUUCUUCCCACGAGGGCCGUGUGGGCGAUUUGCCAUUGGCUGGACCCAUGCCACCAGGACGCCCAUCAUUUGAGGCCCCACCUGCGGCAGCUGUGGCCGCCGUUCCUCCAUAUCUCGGGCCUGAUACACCAGCUCUGCGUACACUCAGCGAGUAUGCACGGCCUCACGUCCUGUCACCUGGCAGCCAUCGUGGUGGCCACGCUUUCUUCACGCCCUUAGGGCCAGCUGACCACCUGCUGGCCUAUCACAUGCAGGGCCUAUACGCAGCUGACCCUGCACUCCGGGAGCUGCGAGAGCGUGAGAUCCGUGAGAGAAUGAAACCGGGCUUUGAGGUGAAGGCACCUGAGCUGGAGACGCCUCUGCAUCCAUCCCAUAAUCCUAUAGAUCAUUUGGGCCGCCAUGGAGCCCUCGCUCUACCACACCCAUUUGGACCAUACCACCCGGCCAUGGAGCGCAACAUGGUGCGGCCUGAGUUAACAUAUGCUGAACGGCUGACUGCAGAGCGACUCCACGCUGAGAGGAUGGCAGCAUCGGCUGUAGACCCUGUGGCCAGACUUCAGAUGCUCAAUGUAACACCACACCACCACCAGCACUCACACAUCCACUCCCACCUCCAUCUGCACCAGCAGGACCCACUCAACCAGGGUUCAGGACCCCACCCUCUGGUGGAGCCGUUGGCAGGAGGUCCCCCUCUGGCUCGAUUCCCAUACCCACCAGGUGCACUUCCCAACCCACUGCUCAGUGAGUUGCCCCAUGAACACGACAUGCUCCGGCACCCUCUCUUUGGAGCAGCAUUCCCAAGAGAUUUACCAGGACCACUUGGUCCCAUGUCAGCUGCACAUCAGCUGCAGGCCAUGCAGGCUCAGUCAGCAGAGUUACAGAGACUGGCACUGGAACAGCAGUGGCUACAUGGGCACACACACCUGCACGGUGCUCCUCUCCCUAGCCAAGAAGACUACUACAGCCGUCUGAAGAAAGAGGGAGACAAGCAGCCUUGAAAUGGUUGACAUACACUGUGGACUAUGGGGUGAUUUCUGAAUUCAGGGUGGUGGUUGUUGUUCUCUGCAGGAACCGUGUACAGAAUCAGUUUACUUCCUUUCGGCACUUAUGACUCUGCCCUACUUUGUGGUAUUGUAUGAAAUAAUACAUUUUUUCCCAAGCACAUUGACCUUGUUUUUGUUGCAUGACUAUUAGCAGUUUUUACUGUUAAAAAUAAAAUCUAUUGUAAUAUUGUUGCUGUGCUAAAGCACUAGAUGUAUUUAGUAUCUGCAAGGUGCUGUCCAGUAUCGCGAAUAUCCACAAUAUAGCUUAAAGUUUAAAACUUUAUUGAAACCUACUCUAUAAUACUGUACAUAGUAUAUGUAUUAAAUAAUAUAUGACGUGUAAAUGAGUGUUUUAAUGUUAGAUUUGGACUCAAAAAGGCAAAAGAACCCGUGUGCAGUAAGUGCAUGCUUUAAAUACUGUAUCAUAGCUUUUCUUUAACCUCCUCUUUUUAAGGUAUAUCUUAGAGGGAACACUCUUAUCAGUAUAUAACAGUAGAGAGAGACUAGUUUUUGGACUGUUUAUUGCAAUACAAAUGAAACUGUAUUAAUAACAAAUAAGUAAUUAAUUGACACCAUGUCAUAUAUCUCUGGAUAAAGUAUUAUGUCUAAGUAACAAUAUAAAGCUAGCUGUGACCACUAGUGAAGUGUCAUUAUUUGUGUUCAAUGGACAUCAGUUAGAACUAUUAACCACAUUACUCAUAAACUACUGAUGUCAAAAUGUUUUCUUUACACAACAGUCAAAAGACAGUAUUUUCUACAAUAAACCAGUGAAUACUGAAAGUAACCUUUUACGAAGUGUGUAUUGAAUGUACAGUAUGAAUGGUUUGAUUAAAAAUAUAACCUUGUGUGAUAGUACACAAUAUUACAUAUUCUGUCCUUUUAAAGAAAAAAUCCACCCUGAACAACUUGCAUAUUAAUCUGUAUAAUGAUUUAGUCUGUCACGCUCGCUCAUCAUCUCAUCCAUGCACUCUGCUCAAACAGAUCAACUUUCAAACCUUCAGCUUUCCUGUUAAUACCGCCAUCAACACCAUUGUGCUUGUCAUCUUGUAGAUUGCUAACUAGUUGAGCUGAUUCUCUACUAUAACUCAACACGUCUGUGUAACGUAACUGCAUCACAGUUUUGGACCUUUUGAGUUCAGUUUGCAGUCUCCACUACACUGGUGUUGGACUUCUCAUUAUUAUGCCAUUGUACGUCACUGGUGAGUAAAAAUGGUGAGUGAGAAAAGAUCUUUUGAGAUUUUUGAAAAAUUUUCUCCUAUUAAGCUCCACUGUAACUGCAUUAUCAGUGCCCCCUGACAUUAGAGCACAAACAACAACAAAAAUUCUCACAGGAAUAACAAUAAUACAGCAGCAACCAACAAAUUUGCACGAAAAUCACUAAUCAUGUUGUAAAUGUUUAAAUGUAAACAUAUUUGUGUUUCAAGGUGGAGUUUUCCUUUAACAUAAUUUAACAAAAUGUUACUGAUGAUUAAUAAGACAAUUUUAUUUUCUUUUACAUGAUUUUGCACUUCAUGAAUUUUACUUAAGCUUCAUGCAGUCGAAUAUUAUGUAAUUGGGGUACAUUGGUGCUGAAGCUCAUGGUUUCAUAAUUUACACGACAGGAAUUUGUCAGAAUAAUAAAAAAAAACCUUAUGAAAUAAUUCUGACUGAAUUUUGUAGUUUAAAAAAAAUCACUACCCAGUUCCUCCCUACAACUGUAACAAUCGUCACCACUGUUAGAAAAUUAAAAACUCAGAACAGACAUGCGAUCUCCUGAAAUGUUUGAAAUGUCUGUAGAGAAAAGCAACCGGAGAAGGACAUUUUCAAAUGUAUCCUGGCCAAGCAAGAAGAACAGAAAAUCAACUGACAGGAAACUGUUUCAGCUUGCAAAAGUUAAAAAAAACAAAAAACCCCAGACUGAACCAGUGUUCUCUGGGAAAAUUCUCUGUUUCACAAUCAUCAUCAUCAUCAUCAUCAUCAUCAUCACUGUUGUUGUUGUUAACAAAAAUCUGUUACUCACUAGUAUAUCCACAACAUGCUAAUGCUCAGCAGAUCUUCACUUGAAAAUAUUUCUGACGCAAAUACCUGUGAGUGCUCUUCUGGUCCAUAUCAACCUAAUUUCUCUGUCUGUCUGAAUAAAUUUCACUUUAACAAUAAAGUGAAUGGCAGAAAACAA